CAGAAAAAAAUACAAGCAACAAGUCCGGGCAAAAGAAGCAGCAGCAGCAGUGCGUACAAUAAAAUGUCCACUUGACAGCAGCAUCCUACACCCAUGUGUAUGUGUAAACAGGAAAGAUGCGUAGACCGUCCGCGUUGAGUCGCAAUCAUUACUUUGUGAUUGGUCUGCUGCUUGGACUGGUGCUUAGUUGCUAUAUACCGCAGAAUAUUCGGGAGCUGGUGCAGCAGGAGGAAUGCCCACAGGAGGUGGCCGAAAAUUUACUUAUCGAACGAUUUGGCCAGGAUUUUGAGCCUCAUUUGAAUUUGAUCAAUAAGCCGCUGGCGGCUAAAAAGCCGGUAAAAAAUGUGAUGCGACCGCGUUAUUACUCAUCGGAGCUGGGCAUUCGGGAGAAGAUAUUUAUCGGUGUGAUGACGUCACAGGAGAACAUCAACAGUUAUGCGACAGCCUUCAAUCGCACCACCGCCCACCUGGUCAACAAGAUCAAGUUCUUCAUCAAUGCGGACAGCGUGAAGACGAACUAUCAACUGAAGAACAUCGUCGGUUUCACCGAUACCCGCGAGAGUCGCCGUCCCUUCUAUGUGAUCAAAUACAUAGCCGAUAACUAUCUGGACGAUUACGAUUAUUUUCUGCUCGUGCCGGACAAUGUGUAUGUGGAUGCUCGCAAGCUGAAUGCGCUGCUCUAUCACAUGAGUAUCACCUUCGAUUUGUAUAUGGGCAGUCCACGCGCCGAAUCCAAGAAAGACAAUGAAAAUGUCGAUAAUGCUGACAAUGCUGCCAAUCAUAAUGACAAUGACAAUGACAAUGCUGCCAAUGAGUCAAAUGAUGAUAAUUCGGAUGGUGCUGGUGCUGGUAGUGCCUCGGAAAGGGGUGGAGGCAGAGGACUCACAGAUCGCAAUUAUUGCGCCUUGGAGGCGGGCAUCCUGCUCAGCAGCAGUGUCAUCCGCAAGAUGCGCAACAAUCUGGAUCGAUGUGUUCGCAUCGGCAUCACAAAUGAUCACAGUGUCAACAUUGGACGAUGUGUAAAAUAUGCGAGCCGUGUUGCCAGCUGCCAGGACACGUUUCAGGGUAUGCGUCAGUAUAGCUAUGCUUUGAAUACGAAAUCGCGCCAAUUUAAGGAUCUCAGCAUACUGGCCAAGGAGGAAGCAUUUCGGAAUGCGAGCACCGUUUAUCCCGUGCACACACCCGAGGAUUUCUAUCGUCUGCAUGCAUAUUAUUCCAAGCAUCAUCUGGAGCUGGUGCAACAGCGUGGCUAUGCGCUCGAACAAAAAUCGUAUCGCAUUGCGAACGGCAGCAUCUCCAACAAAAUACUCGAGAUCCGUUGGCCCCUCGGCGUGCCGCCGCCCAGUGCGCCGGAGACACGUCACGACAUGCUCAUGUGGCAGCUGUUGAAUCAAACACACAGUUUUCUGCCCAAUGCGAAUGCGGAUCAUGCUGUUGCCGCACUGAGUCGCAUCGAGGCCCUCGACUUUGCCAAAGUGCUGGAGAUAGCGCUACAGUAUGCGGCAGAGAAAUAUCCCCGGCUGCGAUAUCACAGCAUGCACAGUGCUUAUCGUAAAUUUGAUGCGACACGCGGCAUGGACUACCAGCUGCACCUCAAUCUCUACGAGAGCAACACGCCCAAGCGUCUGAUCCUCAAGAGCUUCGAGGUGGUCAAACCACUCGGACGCGUCGAGGUCGUACCAUCGCCGUAUGUCACGGAGAGCAUACGGAUCGCCAUCCUUGUGCCAUCGUUCGAGCAUCAGGUGCCAGAUGCUCUCGAUUUUGUGGCCCAAUACGAACGCAUCUGUAUGCACAAUCAGGACAACACCUUUCUACUCCUGAUCUUUCUGUAUCGCUUGAAUUCGCCCAGCAAAGGGGAUGAUGAUCCCUUCAAGGCACUGAAGAAACUGGCCUUGGACUUAUCAUCCAAAUACAAGACAGAUGGUUCAAGGAUUGCCUGGGUAUCCAUACGUCUGCCGCAGCAAUUGAGUGAGCCGGUAACUCCGGAUGAUUGGCUACUGCACGCCUCCAUGUACGGGCCGAGGCAGUUGCUCAGCUUAGCUGUCGCGGAUCUGGCGUUGCCCAAACUGGGACUCGAGUCCCUGGUGCUGCUGGCCACACCAAGCAUGCUCUUUCGCACCGAUUUCCUCAAUAGGGUGCGCAUGAACACGAUCCAGGGCUUCCAGGUGUAUGCGCCCAUCGGAUUCCAGCUAUAUCCGUGCACCUGGGCGCAGUUCUGUAAGGAUUGCGAUACCUGCGAUAUUAGCCAGAGCAGCGGCUACUUUGAUCGACAUAAUCACGAUGUCAUCGCCUUCUACAGUCGCGACUAUGUUCAGGCUCGGAAAUUAAUGGAUACGCAGGGUUUGCCCAUCAUGCGCAGCGAUCUGGACAUUGAGCAGCUGCUGCAGCACAGCCCAACGGCUGGAGGUGUCGAGAGCAUCCUGGACAUGUUUGUCGCCGCCCAGCACACUGUACAUAUAUUGCGCGCUGUCGAGCCCCAUUUGCGUUUCGGUUUGGAUGUGCGCCACCAUUUGGCAAGGGGCGGAGCCAUGCCCAGCACUUUGCCAGCGAAAUGCGGACGGGUGCAGUGCAUCCAUUUGGCGUCGCGCAAACAAAUCGGCGAUGCCAUCAUUCGCUACGAUGACAAAAGUAUUCUGCAAAAGUAAAACAACGUUGCAGGAUUAUUUCAUUUCGUCAGUUCCUUUCUAAAGUGUGUGUCUGUGUGUAUGUCUGUAUGUGUGUCUGUAUGUGUGCUUGCCU